AUGUCUGACGCUACCGGGUUUGGUUCGGGCGGGACGUCAAAUAUAUUAACUGUCGGGAGUUCAGUUGGAGAUAACGUUUGCAGCACUGCAGUUUUGUCACCUCCUUACACGUUCCAGUUGGAUCCACUUCCGCCGAUACAAUGCAGUCCAUGGACCCUUCUGGCUCAAAGUACUGCAGUCCUGCCCAUUACUAUUGUGCAACUUAUUCCUGGAGGACAAUUGACUAUAUUCUAUUCCGAUAGCGACAAUUUUACCUCAGUAACAGAUGUUACCGGAGGGACGAACCUCAUGUAUUUUGUCACCGACUCCUUGGGCAGACAAGGUGGGAUCUCUGGGUUCGAACAGGUGGUAGGGACGGGUAAUUUCUCGUGCAUAAGCACCACCUCGCCAUCAAUCACUGCAGGCAUAUCAUCCACGAUCACGGCUUCAUCUAUUUCAAGCAGUUCAGCAAGCAGUUCGACUACAACUAGUACAUCAAACAACGAUGUUGCUAUUAUCGCGGGCACGGUGGGCGGCAGUGCGGUGGUCCUUAUAGGAUCGGUCAUCCUCGGCAUGUGCUUGUGGCGUAAACGGAGGGCAUCUCGCUCUGCAAACGUUCAGCCUCCCACACAAAGCUAUCCAGGUCAACUGCAGCGUACAGAUCCAAAUUACAAAGUCGGCCCUCACGGUGACAUUCCGCCAUCAUUCCCUUUCCCAUCCGAAACACAAAACUACUAUAUCCGACCCAUUCAACACAGCCUGGGAGCCCAGUCAGAUAUGACCAAUUCGUCCGCCGGCAACUUCGCACUUGUUGCACAUGCCUCAUCCACAGACUCUCCUGUCUACGGGGAUUUUCGUUCGACUGUGCCAUCUGCUUACAACCGCCAAUCACCCCCGUCUAUCGGAAACUUCACUACCAAUGAUCCUCGCACACCAUUCCAUCAGACAUUGCAUUCACGCCAGGGCGCAAACGCAGACUCUGCUGCGUAUGGAGACGCUCGAAAUUUGGCCAUGUCAUCUGUUGACAGACGAAUGACUACCGUCGCUGAAAGUCCAUCACAAUUAUCACACGAGGCAGAUCUCGCUAGCUACCUUGGACCAUCCAUUCAAUCUGGAUUACAAUCAAGCCCCCUUAAUGCGCUUGCCACCAACUUGGCGGCUAGGGACCAUCAUGCACCCUUCAAUCAGACACAGCCUUGGCACCAGAGCUCUAACACAGACUUCUCUCCAUAUGGAGACGCUCAAAUGUCAGAUGUGGCACCCAUCGAGUAUAUGGCUGUGGGGCCUCGACCAGCACCACCAUCACCACGGAAGACAGUCCCUGUCUACCUUACUCCAUCCGUUCAACCCGGAAUCCAAUCAAUUGCUACCUCUGUGGACAAUGUCGCAGUUAAGAACUCCCUCACAUCCUUUAAUCGGACACAAAGUUUCUCUCAGAGCCCCGACACAGACAGCUUAGCUGUGCACGGAGCAUCUGGAGGUCAAAAUAUGGCGUCGGCUAACGCGCAAACUGGCGCUGAUAAUGUUACGCCAGGCAACAAUGGUUCAGUUGAAGCUCCGCCGCAGUAUUCAGAUGGUCGGGGAGUAGGUGUCUUGUAA